UGCCAUCUGUGUGUGGAUUUUAUCAUUUGGACCUCUGUCACGCGGUCACUGCGGCUUCUGACCACGAGAUGACGCUGCUGUACUUCCUAAGAGGUGAUUGGCUGUUGAAGAGUCACAUGUUCAAAACACUGCUUAGCAAGGGGGGACUAGCAUGAGCAGCUAACAUUAGUUAGCUUUUUGAGACUAAUUAUUAGCUCCAUGACAACUACUUAAAAGUGAUAAAGAAAUGCCACAGAAGGAUCCGUGCCAAAAGCAAGCAUGUGCAAUUCAGAAGUGUUUACAAGCUAAUAAGUACGUGGAAAGCCUGUGCGAGAAGGAGAUCGCGGAGAUGCGGCGGUGCUGUCAAGUGCAUGCGGGAAACUCCAUUUGCUGCUCCGGGUUCAAAGACUCAAAACCCGCAGAGAGCAAAAGUAGCGAAUAGUUGCAUGUAUUCAUGCAAGUCAUAAUUCUGCAUUGUAUCAGUAUAACAUGACAGUGGAGUUUGCUGAGUUGUUGCAUAUUUAUUUGUCUGUCUGCUACCAUCCGUUUGUAAAUUUAAAUAGUGUUUUCUCACAGCAGACAUUUUGAGAUUGCAGAGAGCCUCAUAAUCACUCAUUCCCCUGGGGCUAAAUGGCACACAUCUGGCAGCCUCACAAAGCUGAACAAUGCAAGCUGUCUAAUGUAUUUAAAUAUUAUAUCGUGUGGUACUGUCCACACCCAAU